AUGGCACCGUCGAUUCAUUCUACACUUGCGCUGAGUGAAGUUCACUGGGAUGAUAUCGCUGCUGUCGUUAUAAUAUUCGAUACGUCAUUACCCAUUGAUGACCUCGAUGAAUCUCUCGAGUGUAUAAACAACUACAGCGACUCAAUCCAAGUUAAACUAGCUGUAGGCUUUGGCGAGAGUAAUGAAAGUAAAAACUCAGUUAGCAAUCAAAGCCUUCUCAGCGAUAUUGACAGUGAUUUGGAUUCUCAUUUUAUCGCUCGUCAAGUUGAAUUCAUUGAUCCAAAUUCAUCAGAUCAAGGUGGUUUAAGUAGGGUACAUGACUCACUCAGUACUGUUAUGUGGGAUGGCAUGCAGAUGACUGAUAAUAGUGGCGAAAAUAGUGGCGAUACUAGCGUAAAGGACACCUCGAAGAACACCAUGAAACCUUCAAAGGUUAUAGCUCAAAGUGAUAAUCCAUUCGACGACGACUUUGAUGACAUUCUCAGUGAUCCUUCUGACCCACUCAACACUUCCCAAGACGAUCUAUCACAUCUUCUCUCAAAACUAAACACUAUAUCAGCUAAAGUUCGCUCAAUCGACAACAUCCACGAGCGUCACAGUCUAGCAGAAUUCUUCGCGGAUGACUUAGCUUCGUACCUCAAAUCAGACCAAGAAGAUGAAAUAAAUUAA